AUGAAAGUUGUGACUAUUUUAUUUGUGGUAAUUUGUAUAUGUAAUGGACAAGUUCCUGCAGAUUUAAUUGAUAAAAUUCAUAAAAUAAAAGAACAACGAAUUCAAGAAGUUCAACAACUUGAUAAAAGAGCUAAAGAAAUAGAAAGUAAAAUGGAUAAAUUAUUAAAAGAUGCUGAACAGAUAAAAGCAGAAAGAAUAACAACGAAUAUAAAAAACACAAUGACAGAGGCUGAUAAAAUGUUAAGCAAUUAUACAAAUGAAGAGAUUAAAAAAAUAAAUAAACAUUAUAACCAAUAUGAAAAAGAUAUUAAUGCCACUAUUAAAAGUAAUAAAAAUAUUUAUAAAAGGAAUGAAAAAGAAUGGAUAGCUCAAAAAAAAUUAUUAAAAUUUUUAAAAAAUGAAGUUAAAAAAGCAUCUCUUUCACUUGAAAAAAAAAGAAUUCUUUUAAAAAAAAAUAGAGAAAAAGAAAAAAAAGAAUUACAAAAAACUCUUAGAGCUGUUCGUAUUGCUCGUUUAAAAGGUUUAAAAGAAAAGGCUUUGGCUGAAGAACAUCGUCAUGAAUUACUAAGAAAAGCUGCAUUAGAAGAAAAAAAAAGAACUAAAGAGGAAAUUGAAGAAAGAAAAAAUCUUAUUGCUCAAUGGAAAUUACAAAUGAAAGAAUUAGAAAGAAGUGAAAAAAAUCAUAUGAAAACAUUACAAGAAAUUGAAGAGAUUAAAAAAAGAAGAGGAAUGGAACAAAGAGUAAAAAACAUUCAAUUAAGAACUAAAGCUCAAAAAGAAAGAUUUGAAAGAACUGAAAGACAAAAAGCACUUAUUCGUAAAAAAUUGGAAAAAGAACGUAUUGAAAAAUUUAGAAGAGAGUUAUUUGCAAGAAGAUGUGCUAGUUUAACUCGUGCAUAUAAUAAAAGACCAAAGAAAUAUGUUCACGUUUGUAUCCCAAAAAGUAAUAUUGAAUUAAUGGGAAAAAUGAAGAAAUGUUUACCAAUUUGGAAACAAGACUUACCUUCAUUAAAAAGAAAAUUAAAUGCUGUAGAUCAAGUUAGAAAAAAAUUAUCUAAAAAAUCAAAUUUCCUUGAUCCUCAAAUUGACUUGAUCGUUCCAGUUUAUUAA